AUAGUUUUCUAGCUAAGUAGGGUAUAUUUUAGAGUACUGCAUACAGUACAGUACGGUUCUGUACAGCAUACUGAUCCCUUUGUACACUAUAGUUUCUAGCUAAUAUAUUAAGUAGGGUAUAUUUUAGAGUACUGCAUACAGUACAGUACGGUUCAGUACAGCAUACUGAACCCUUUCGGUUGCACUGUAUAGUGUAUAACACUUAAUAGAUUGUUGAUAAAUGUACCAGUUGUAUUGUAUCCUCACAUAUACAGCAUCAAUUGAAAAUUACUUAGUUGUUUGUAUGGAUUUCUAGUGAUUGUUAAUUAAGCCUUGACGGACAGAGAAAAAUAAUAUAAAAAAAUAAAUUUUUCUUGUUCUGGUCCUUUCAAAUAUUUAUUACAAUUUAAUCCGUCCGGACCAUGUAGUCCGAAUACCAGCUAGUCCAGCAGAGAGGGUUCGGACGAUUCUUUUUGUCCUUUAUAAUUAUAUCAUUCUUGAAAUAUGUCGUCACUUGUUCCACGUUAGAUGUAAAUUUUCUCAGCUUUCAGCCCUGUUUAACAUUAUUAUCUAAUAAAUAGAGUUUUAACGUAUAAUUCUUAUGUAAAUUUUCAGAAUUCUAAUUUUUGUUGAAAUAUCGAUUUACGAAAUUUCAGGUCAAAAUGGUGGAUGAUGGGGAAUUAAUGAGAGCUGUGAUAGAAGCCUUCGAGAUACAACUGGAUAAGGCCCUGAGUACCCUAGAUCUACAGGAGGAAUCAAAAAAAGCGUUAAAACAAAAAUAUCUCCAGUCUUUCACCAACAAUAUCCAGUUUGGAUUGAAAAAGACUUUUGGUGAAUGUGAAGUGGAUUCAACUUUGGCUGCAGCAGCUGCUGUGGAUCUGCCCGCUGCUGAAGGAACUAGCGAUGAGGUGACUCCUGAAGAUAUUGAGAAGAUGCAGCAUGCCAUGGCAAUAGCUGCCAGCAAGCGAGCAAGGUAUCCCAACAAAGGAGCCAAAAUAUUGAAAGAAAUUCUCAACACCAAUUACAAUCUACUGAAAGAUCUUAAGGCUGAUGUAUCAGGGAUGAAUAUUCCUGAUCCGAGCUCCGUUCAAGAUGGGGUUGAUCCAAGAUCCUUUCAAGACCAUCAUGAAGACAGUGUAGAAAAAACUGCUAAAACCCUGCAGGCCUGCAAGGGUGAGUUUCUAGAUUGUGAAAAGAGAGCUAAACGAAUAAUAAAAGCCUACAAUAUUCUACGCAACAAUCGAUCAUAGUUUUACAAAAUAGUUUUUUCUUUUUUUCAUUCUCUUUAUUCUUGAAAUUAUGAAAUUAUGAAACUAAUGACGAC